AUGAGCCCCAUGAGUCAGACCCAUGCCACCCCGGGGUAUGUGAAGCUGACAAAGAGGGAGAUUGGCAAGGCGGCAGCAGCUCUGAUGCAGGGGGAGCAGUCCGGCAUGAAGGGGUUGGAAGCGGCAUAUGGGCUUCCGGAAGGGGAAGACCUCCCUGCGGUAUGGCACCGUUUCUUCGAAGAUAUGCAGUCACUGCUACUCAACAAAGCACCACCAGAGGCCCCCACCUCCUCACCCUUCAAGACCUUGCCCGAGCUCUUGUGCAAGGCACUCAAGGAGGAGCUAACUUCCUUCAAAAACUGCCUGCGCACUUUCAGCAAAGUAGCAAAGGGCCUAUGCGAACUCCGGCAGCAGUUCAGACAGGGAGAAGUCACCCACGCUCUACGGAUUUCAACCCCCAAACUACAGCUAACCGACCCCAUCCUACAGGAUAAGCUGAACCAGGACCUGGAUAAGGAGCUGAAAACCUUCAAAACGAAGGCCCAGCUGACCCUGAUGGCGUACAAAGAGAAGGAGAAGGCUGUGUGUGAGACAGCCGCAGAGGUCUGGUCGGCACGGACUUUCUCCGGUUUCAAAAGCUUCCUAGAAAAAGACCUCCACCUCUUCGAGACCCACGCAGCACCCAACACCCCUGCUCCUGACGCUUACCUCAAGGAGCUGGCCGCUGACUUCAUGGCACGCGGCAUGGCACGCGAGCUGAUGUACCAUGCAGUGUGGAUAAAGCGCAGCCGCAACUCGAAGGCAAGGGUGACGGCUAAACGGGAGAAGGUACGGGAUGAGCAAGCACGGGGGGUGGAGAUUCAAGCUAACCCCUCUACCGAUCUAAUCGCCCUGGUGAAAACGCUGCCAGCGCAGACCGGGCAGCUGCCCGAUACUGGACCCGCACUUGACCGCACAGCUCUACAGGCACAGGAGGCGGCUGACCGCACUCAAACUGCGCUAGCACAGAAUGCACAGCAGCCCAACACCCCUGCCCAACCCGCGCUGCAGGCACCCAUGCAACCAGCAACAUCUGCAUACCCUUUCAUGGCAGCCCCCUCAUUCCCCAGCAUGUACCAGCAAUACCCCUUCGCACCCAUGCAACCCACCAUAGCCACUGGCAGCCAUUUCCUGCCACACACACACCCCUUCCUCUUCUCCCAGCAGGCUAUCCCCCUACAACACACCUCGGCACCCGCUCAACCUGCUCUCUCAAACAUGUCGGUCAUGCCAGCAGCACCUGCACCUCCGGCAUACACUUACGCAUCCACGACUCCCCCUCCCCAGCAGGUCGCUCAAGGACCGCAAGCUCAAAUGGCUUUCGGGCCCCCCGAGGGUACGGGGGCACCGCUCAACAUCAACUAUGCCCCUGCUGCCUUUGGCAUGCCCAUGCGUUUUUUAUGCUGA